AUGAAGAUGUUGGGAAUUGCAGUCACUGCCCGGUUAAUUGUAAAGGAAAUGUAUGUGACAGUCCAACUGGAGCAUGUUCAGACUGUGAUUUUGGAUUUUAUGGUGGUUUCUGUAAUCAACCCUGCCCUCUUAACUGCAGAAAUAAUGUUUGCAACAUGGACAACGGUCAGUGCACAGACUGUAAUGAUGGAUUCUACGGACAAGCCUGUUCACCUUGUCCUGUUGGCUGUAGCACUGACACAUGCGACAAAACGGCAGGAAAUUGUUUCCGUUGGAUCCUAUGGCAAUUUCUGUAACCAGUCUUGUCCUGCAUACUGUAAAAACAACGUCUGUAACAUAGAGAACGGCCAGUGCACAGAAUGUGAAGCCGGCUUCUAUGGCACUGAGUGUAACCAGUCUUGUCCUGAAAACUGUCAAGACACUUUAUGUCACAGAAGUAGUGGAGAAUGCGAAGUAUGUGUAGCCGGUUUUUAUGGCAGCCAAUGUUCAGAGUUGUGUGGCAAUUGUCAAGGUGUGAGUUGCGACAAGGAUAUGGGGGACUGUGCGAUAGGAUGUACAGAAGGAUGGACUGGAGACACAUGUGACACAAAAGUGGUAAUUAUAACGAAAGGGGACGCCUUACACGCCGCAGUUGGAAUAGGCGCUGGAUCAGGAGUGGUUAUACUGGUUCUAGUCAUCGUGAUCAUUGUACUGGCCAGACGUCUGACGAUGAAGCGAGGUGACACCGCAGGUGCUUCUCGUAUGACAGAUAUAUCAUUGUCCAGAACUGCAAACGAGCUAAAUAAAGAUCAAGAUAAUACCUACGACGAAAUAACAACUCAAAACAAGGAACAAACCAUUGCCCAGAUCUCCCGCACUGAGGCAAAUUAUGAACAGCUUGGACGCAGGGAGGUGGAAAUUCCUCAUAUAUACAACACAACAGAUGUUGACGAGAAAACUUAGGGCACUGGUUCUUGUUAACUGGAUAGUUCCAUCCUUCAA